AUGGGUGAAGGAGAUAGAGCGACCUGCCUGACAGGGGAAAGAAACGAUGGCAGGCUGCCGGAAAGAGGCAAACAACUAUUGAUCACGGAAUUUUUGCGCCCUGCGUGUCCCUCCACUCCUGAUGUGGUUACUGCGGUGGAGCAAGGGGAGGAGAGGGAGGAUGAGAGAAAUAAUGAAGAUGGACAGCCAGUGGAUCGGAAAACCCGCAAAUCUUAUGCUACGGUGACAAAGAAGACCCUCCCUGACGUGGAGGAUCUCCCAAAUCCGAUUCGUGUUGGAUCUCUGACGAGGGUAGUGAUUCCACAGGAAGCGUAUGAAGAGAAACUGGAGACUUUUUCCUUUGCGCUGAUAGGCAAAGUAAACUUCAGAUUUGUAUCUAUGGAUGAUAUAAGGUGCGAGGUGGUUGCAAGUUGGAGGCUAAAGGGGAACGUGAACCUUUCUCCCCUAGGGAAGGGUUUUAUUCUAUUUCGUUUUGAGAAGGAGGGAGAUAUGGCCUCAAUAUGGAGGAGAGGACCGAUCAAAGUAGGGGGACAAAUUAUUCGCUUUCAGAGAUGGCGCCCAGAUUUUAAUAUUAAUGAUACUUACUCUCACACUAAGCUCGUUUGGAUCCGAUUCCCUGAGCUUCCCAUGGAGUAUUGGCAUGAGAGAAUCCUAUUGACCAUGGCAAAGGUAGCAGGAAGGCCUGUCGCCCUGGACAAUAAAACAUUAAAAGCAACGAUGGGUAAUUAUGCAAGAGUCCUAGUUGAGAUGGAGCUCAAUGGCGUUAGAGUUGAGGAGAUGCAAGUGGAACGAAGACAACCGGGAAAGGAGACGAUAUUCUGCUUCAAUCAGCGAAUCGUCUACGAAGACAAUAUGGUUCGAUGCUUCUCGUGCAAAAAACUGGGACAUCAUGCGAACCAAUGUAGAGGUAAAACGGUGGGGAAAAUUGCAGUGGAGCAGCCUUCUCAUAAGGUUGGCGGUGGUCACGAAGCUGGCAGGGAUGACAAUCUUUCACAAAAGGAAAGGAAUAUGCGGUCUCCUACCAGAAUGGUAGAUGCAGCAAAUGGGAAUACUUCCCAAAUCAGUAAUGAGCCAAACGUGGAGGGCUACCUUAAGUGCCAAGAUUUAGUGGUGGACUUAAAUGGUGAAGAAUAUUUCCCAACUGAGAAUAUUCCUCACAAUGCUAUGGCUGGGGUGGAUCCGAUGGGUGUUGGGCAGAGAGUGGAUAAUACUUUGGACGUGGAUGUCCUUGGGUCGACCCGGUCUUCUAACCCGUCUGAGAAUGAAUCGCAGGCAUCAGGUGAGGAGAGCGAUCACAGGGAGGGUGAUAUUCAGGUCAGGGAACCUCAGACACAGAGGGAGUACUCUCAAAUGGUACGUGCUUUACGACCACGGCGCAAAAUUAAUUACAAACCAGGUGGUAGGGGUGGCAGAGGGGGAAAGAGUGGCAGGGGCCAAGUUUGGGAGGGGGUUGAGAAUAAUUUGACUGAGCUUUCUCAAUCGUGCCUGGUGGAAGGCCGAGUAGUUAUUCAUCAUAAGGAAGUGGAAGAAAUAGAUAUGAUCAUGCAGCGUGUUGAAGGGUCGGAUAGACUUGGUAAGCACGUUUCUGAGACAGAGCAGAAUGAUGAGGCUGCUCACUACUCUGCCUCCAUGUAACUGUUCAUGAAGGUUUUCUUCUGGAACAUCAGAGGAAUUAAGAAGGCGGCAGGCAGGAAUGCCUUACGACAGUUUAUUAAGGAUAGAGCUCCGGACAUUUUAUGUAUAGCAGAGCCGAUGAUUGAGAGAAAUUUGAACACCCCAGAUGUUGUCUCUGAGUCUGAGCAGCACAUUUCGAUCAUUAUUAAGUGGGAAUUGAAAAGGUUCCAGAUUUCUUUCA